AUGCUGCCGCAGCACUUUGACCUUUUGAAGGGCCUAGUGAACCCCAACUAUGUGGAGCAGGGGGCGCAGGCCCGCAACUCGCGCUCGAAGCAUUUCACGGCGCUGUUCACACAGCGUCGGCUGCCGGAUGUGGGCUGGAAGGAGGAUGACAUUCAAGCACUGCUGGAUGAAAUGGCGUCCUUUGACACCAACAACUUUGAGGGAAACGUUGGAGUCGGAGAAAGAGAAGGCCGCGUCAUCUCUGACCUGGUUCGGCGUAGGCAUUUUGGCCUGACGCAUGGUAUCGGUCGGAGUGGAGAUGUCAUGGCGGAGCAGCCGAAAGCUGCCGGGUCUUCCCUCUUGGUGCAGCUGACAAGAUACUUAGCGCUGGAUGCGAUUCGAUUAGCUGGGAUCAAGGCUGCCAAAGCUUGCGCGGUCUUGCCUGCUGCGACAGGACUCACCAUGACGCUGGUAUUUCUGGCCUUGCGGCAGAUGAGGCCAGAAGGGAAGUAUGUGGUCUGGUCCAGGAUAGAUCAGAAAUCCUGCUUCAAGGCGAUUGGAGCAGCUGGUCUAAAGCCCAUUGUCGUUGAGCUGAAGCCUAUCGAAGGCACUGAUGCUUUGGGGACCGACCUCGAAGGCAUGCGCAGUGCCAUUGAACAGGUUGGAGCUGAUGAGGUCCUUUGCAUCUGCACCACCACCUCCACCUUCGCGCCGAGGGUGCCAGAUUUCAUCGAUGAGGUCGCAGUGAUGGCACAGGAAUUGCAGGUGCCGCAUGUGAUCAACAAUGCGUAUGGCCUGCAGUGUUCCAAGUGCGCCCAUUUGGUUGAGACUGGCUGCCGCCGUGGUCGCGUCGACGCCUUUGUGCAGAGCACGGACAAGAAUUUCAUGGUCCCCGUGGGUGGUGCCAUUGUGGCAGCUCCUUCUGCAGCCCUGGUGGACAAGGUCUCUGGGCUUUAUCCGGGCAGGGCAUCGAUGAGUCCUGUGUUGGACCUGUUCAUCACCUUGCUGUCCUUGGGCGCUCCAGGGUGGACGGGGCUCCUACAAGAGCGAAAGGAGAACGCCAAGUGGUUUGAGGAACGCUUGGGCACCGUGUCCAGCAAGCUGGGCCGUGGCCUCAAAACCAGGGAGCAACCCCUUUUGGUUCAGGAACGGUAA